AUGAAUGACAAUUUUUUUUGCAGAUGCCUUACGGGUCCUAUCGUCAAGAUCAUUGUAGGCCGCCGCCGCAGCAAUGACAGGAAGGAUAGCAACGAUGAGACAGACGAUAAAAGUAGCAACUACAGCGACGUAGCAGACAAACACACAAUCGAGCAGCAAACUUUCUAUGUCCACAAGGAGCUGCUUAUCGCUAAAUCAUCAUUAUUUGCAAAGACGCUGAGUGGGGACGACACAAAUUCAUCAAGCUCCACUACCAGUAGCAAUUCUGCCUGGCUUAAGGACGAGAUCGGCGUCCUGAAUCUUCCUGAAGACGAUCCUGAGAUAGUUGCCAAGUAUCUAUCGUUGCUGUAUAAUGGCGACAGUCUCGCACAACAAUGCUCCACCAUUGUCAGCAAGUCAGACAUUUCAGAGGAGACAACUAAGGCUAAGAUAGUAGAACUCUUCACCAGACUCUGCAAACUGUAUGUCUUCUGCGAGAAGGUUCAAGACAUCAGCAUGAAACACAACCUACUUGCAGCCUUCGUUCGGGUCACGACUACUCCGCGGCAGGAUGGAUCUCUCUACGCUCUAGGAUCAGAAUUUAUCAACAUCCUAUACGCAGGUACAGUCAAACACGAUCCAGUAAGAAAGUACUUGCAAGACUGUGCUGUGCGAAACAAACAAGACGUAUGGAUCGAGGAUGUUGCCAAGUACAACACUGAGUAUUUGAUGGAUGUCGAAGCAGCAAUGUACAGAUACCGCCCUUUCUCGAGCACCGACUGGUACAGGAAGGUUUUGGAAAUCUCGAGGCAUCUCGAAAAACAAAAACGUUCUGGCUCUGACGACAACGGAGAAGCGACAAAGAGCUCAUAG